AUGGAUGGAAAGAAGAAAAAGAUGGUUGAAAAUAAAUCAAAUAAGACAAGUCAUUUAAAAGCUAUAAUUGAUUCUAUCACUGAUAUAAAUUUCUACUUUCGUCUUUAUUUAGUCAAUUCUUCCGUCAAAAAAAAUGGAAGAAUGACAACAAAUUUUCAACAAAAACAAACAAUAAAAAUAGAUCCUUUAAGAAACAUAAAAAAUUAA